GCUUGUACUCAAAGCUCCUACACGGCUCGCAAGCACCGCUGCUCGCGCUCUCCUUCUCUCCUCUCGCUCUCCCUCCAUCCCGCAAGGUAUUCACCACUCCGCGGUCCCGCGGUAUUCCCAAUGUUAGGUUUAAGUUAGUCUUAAUUUACAAGUGUUGUAAUAAAGUGCGAAAUUGAAGUCGAUCCCGUGACUUUUUCAUUUCUGGAGGAAUUUAUCAGCAGCAGCCGCAACAGCAACAACAACGACGUCAGAAGCCAAAUUACCAGAAGCCAAACUAUCUUGGACAACAACUCCGCCCACUCCAAUUCAUGGUCCUUCGAGCCCGCGACAUCCUCAUCCUACCAGCGCUCCUUGCGGAAAAAAUCAAGAUAAACUUACUACUCACUUCCUAAAAUAAUGGCUCCUCGUCCUCGUGCCACCCAGUCGUUGGAGAGCAGACGUACUCGAGGUAUUAAAUCCUACCGCUGCCGAGUCUGCUCUGGAAUCCAUCCUCUUCGGAAGUGCAAGAGGUUCCACAUACUGAGCGCUGAAAAGCGCCUUCGGGCAGUACUUAUUAAUAAGUACUGCUCGAACUGCCUCGCCCAUCAGCACUCAGGAGGAGACUGCCGCAGCCAAGACGGAUGCAAGAAGUGUGGAGGAGACCACCACACUCUACUCCACAUGCACGAGGUCCUCCCCGCUCCGACCCCGGCAGCGCUACCAGCUCCGACGCGCAGGGAGCGCCACCCCGCUGCACCUCGUCCGGUCCGGAUUUCCCGCACUCCGCCACCAGCCCCAGUCGUCAACAAUCGCCCGCGUCCGAAGGUCUCCGUCGCGUCUCCAUCGGUGGCAACGGGGCAGCAGAAGGCUGUUCCCAUCCUGCCUACAGCCGUCGUCGUGCUGGACACGGGCUCGAAGACUUUCGAGACCGGGGCCAUGAUCGACCCAUGCAUGCCGGUGAGCAGCAUCGACCGGUCGUUGGCGGCUGCGUUCCGGCUGCCCAUCACCGGCCGGCCACCAUCUCCCUCGUGUUGGGAUCAGAUGUAUAUGCCAAUCUGAUCCAACCGGGGUUCCUAAAGAUUGAGGAUGGGUUGCCCGUCGCGCAGAACACGGUGUUCGGAUGACCGUUUCUGGAGCGUGCACGGAGUGAAGAGGCCGAUCCUGCUGUCUAGCCGGCCAGGGAUACCUUUGCCUACGCAAGGGGGGGGGGAGAAUGUUCACGCCAGAAGGGCGCAAACAGUUGAGCGGCAGUGUAAGCGGCCAACGCUUGUACUCAAAGCUCCUCCACGGCUCGCAAGCACAGCUGCUCGCGCUCUCCUUCUCUCCUCGCGCUCUCCUUCUCUCCUCUCGCUCUCCCUCCUUCCCGCAAGGUAUUCACCACUCCGCGGUCCCGCGGUAUUCCCAAUGUUAGGUUUAAGUUAGUCUUAAUUUACAAGUGUUGUAAUAAAGUGCGAAAUUGAAGUCGAUC